UCUGUUGAAGCAGAUACACACAGAGAGUAAACGGCAGUUUCAGGGCCAGUGGAGCUAGAAGGGAGUCCUUUGCAAAAUCCGCCUUCAUCCUUUUUUAAACAGACUUUUUUCAGAGUAAAAAUUACUAGAGCAUAAAGUUCGCACUUUCAUCUUUUUAAUAAGCCUAAUAUUUUGAUAUUUCCCGAUUCGGAAUGUUAGAAAACGACUGGUGAAAAUUGGGUAAAGCUACUGUGAAGGGGAUUAGCAAGCUAGCAGGCUGUCUAAAGGGAUUCUGCCUGGGACAGAAGGAAGAAUAGACGGACAACAAAGAACGGAUUUUCGUUUUGUUUUUAAACACUCCGAACAUAUACAAUUUAAAUCACUCCCGUUGAAGCUAGCUUUAUCGCUAGCUUUGUUAUUUAGCCAUUUAUCAUGGAAUUGAGAGUAGGAAACCGAUACAGACUGGGAAGGAAAAUCGGCUCUGGAUCCUUUGGUGACAUUUACUUGGGCACAGACAUCUCAGUGGGGGAAGAAGUAGCCAUCAAGCUAGAAUGUGUGAAAACAAAGCACCCACAGCUGCACAUCGAGAGCAAGAUCUACAAGAUGAUGCAAGGAGGCGUGGGUAUCCCCACAAUCAAAUGGUGUGGAGCAGAGGGAGAUUACAAUGUGAUGGUAAUGGAGCUGCUGGGACCCAGUUUGGAAGAUCUCUUCAACUUCUGUUCUCGCAAGUUCAGUCUAAAGACUGUUCUCCUGCUGGCUGACCAGAUGAUCAGCCGCAUUGAAUACAUACACUCCAAGAACUUCAUCCACAGAGAUGUCAAGCCUGACAACUUCCUUAUGGGCCUGGGGAAGAAGGGCAACCUUGUUUACAUCAUUGACUUUGGCCUGGCCAAGAAGUACAGAGAUGCUCGCACCCACCAGCACAUCCCUUAUCGCGAGAACAAAAACUUGACUGGCACUGCUCGCUACGCUUCCAUCAACACCCACUUGGGAAUAGAGCAAUCCAGACGAGAUGACUUGGAGUCUCUUGGCUAUGUGCUCAUGUACUUCAACCUGGGCUCACUGCCAUGGCAGGGUCUGAAGGCUGCCACAAAGAGACAGAAGUAUGAGCGAAUCAGCGAGAAGAAAAUGUCCACUCCUAUUGAAGUCCUGUGUAAAGGAUACCCAUCGGAGUUUGCCACAUACCUCAACUUUUGCCGCUCCCUUCGCUUUGACGACAAGCCAGACUAUUCUUACCUGAGACAGCUCUUCAGGAACCUUUUCCACAGACAAGGCUUUUCAUACGACUACGUGUUUGACUGGAAUAUGCUCAAAUUUGGUGCAAACAGAGCAGCAGAAGAUCCGGAGAGAGAGCGGAGGGAUCGAGAGGAAAGAUUGCGACAUGGACGAAAUCCUGCGGCCCGUGGCAUGAUGCCUUCCAGCUCAGGUAGACCCAGAGGAACACAAGAAGUAGCACCUCCCGCACCCCUCACGCCAACCUCACACACAGGAAUGGAGCGAGAGAGGAAGGUCAGUAUGAGAUUGCACCGCGGAGCCCCUGUCAACAUUUCCUCCUCUGAUCUGACUGGUCGACAGGACACCUCACGCAUGUCCACAUCCCAGGCUCUUUCUCGCGUCACCCCAAGUGGCCUGCAGUCUGCCGUACCUCGAUGAGACCCUCCACACGCCUCCAGAGCAGACCAACCAUGGCCCUGCUCUGCACUAGGACUUCUCCAGCAGCCUCUAACCAUGUGAAAUCAACCUCAGCAAAUCAAAUUGAAACAAGAGACUUCAUUUUCAACUUCCUCUCAAAGCAUCUAAACACCUGAGAGUUAUGCAGAUUCGAGAGAUGGACAUAUUUUCGUUUUCUUUUCUUUUUUUUUCCUCACACACACACACAC